AUGUCCAAGCUCAUCUUCGUCUUCCUCGCCCUCAUUCCUCUUCUCUGCACUUCCUUCUCCCCGGACCGGCCCUCAGAUCGCCGUGUCCUCGUUUUGGUCGAUGACUUCGCCGUCAAAUCCUCCCACUCUCUCUUCUUCAACUCCCUCAAAUCUCGUGGCUUCGAUCUCCACUUUCACCUCGCCGACGACCCCAAAAUCGCCCUCCAGAGAUACGGCCAGUACCUCUACGAUGCCCUAAUUCUCUUUUCCCCCACCAUUGAACGUUUUGGAGGAUCCGUUGAUGCUGCAGCAAUUUUGGAUUUUGUUGAUUCUGGUCAUGAUUUGAUUGUUGCUGCUGAUAGCAAUGCAUCUGAUUUAAUUAGGGAAAUCGCCACCGAGUGUGGAGUGGAUUUCGAUGAGGAUCCUGCUGCCAUGGUUGUCGAUCAUUCUGGAUAUGCAGUCUCUGCUACUGAAGGGGAUCAUACGUUGAUCGCUAGUGAUGAUUUUAUCAAAUCUGACGUGAUAUUGGGAAGCAAAAAAAUUGAGGCUCCUGUACUUUUCCAUGGGAUUGGGCAUUCACUAAAUCCUACCAAUAGCCUGGUGUUGAAAGCUCUCUCUGCAUCUCCUUCUGCCUUUUCUGCUAACCCUAAAUCUAAACUGACCAGUCCUCCAUCACUCACUGGAUCUUCAAUCUCGUUAGUUUCAGUUAUACAGGCAAGAAAUAAUGCCCGGAUAUUGAUCUCUGGCUCAUUGAGCAUGUUCAGCAACCGAUUUUUCAGGUCAGGAGUGCAGAAGGCUGGGAGUCCAACCAAACAUGAAAAAUCAGGUAAUGAGCAGUUCUUCACUGAACUUAGCAAAUGGGUUUUCCAUGAAAGAGGUCACCUCAAGGCGGUUAAUGUGCAACAUCACAAAGUUGGGGAAGCUAAUGAACCAUCCAUCUAUAGGAUCAAUGAUAAUUUGGAAUAUUCUGUUGAAGUUUACGAGUGGUCUGGCACAUCUUGGGAACCUUACGUAGCCGAUGAUGUUCAAGUGCAAUUUUACAUGAUGAGCCCCUAUGUGUUGAAGACUUUAUCAACUGAUGGCAAGGGUCGUUACUUCACAUCAUUUAAGGUUCCAGAUGUCUAUGGGGUUUUCCAAUUCAAAGUUGAGUAUGAAAAACUCGGAUAUACAAGCUUAUCUCUAUCAAAGCAGAUUCCUGUUCGUCCCUUCAGACACAAUGAAUAUGAAAGAUUUAUACCAGCAGCUUAUCCCUAUUAUGGAGCAGCAUUUUCGAUGAUGGCAGGUUUCUUCAUCUUCACCGUUGUUCAUCUAUACCACAAAUGCGUUACUUUCUUAAAUCCUGCUUUUGGGGGGUUUUUAUGGGCUAUGUUUUAA